GUAAAUUCACCAAAGAAGAACCAAGUAUCCAAUAAACGCUUAGCUAGCUGUGAGUUAUCAACAACAACUAUGCUAGAUAUUUUAUCAGUAAUAUUGAAUAGUAUUUAAAAAGGUGAAUGUCUAAAUCAACAAGCGAACUUUACUUUGCGCUGUACAUUAGCUGAUAUAAACACGGGCUAGCCAACUUCGCCUAGGGUUGUUUGGGUGCUCACACUAGCUAGCUAGCAUGUACGCUAACAUUUAGAAAACUUGUUUUUUUCGAAAAAGCAGGAAACGAAUGAUUGGAUAUCAACAGGUUUUCUUGAAACAACAAGAUGGAAUCAUCCAUUAAAGGUAAUGGUGCUUGUUUGAGGAUGGUAAAUGGCACUUGCUAGGUAGCCAACUACUGUAACUUGCUAAUGCAUGUCACACAUCUGUAAUCUUAGCUCUACAACGGCGUCUGUAACGUUAAUCUGUUACGCAUUCUCAGUACUGACCCAAAACACAGGACUGGUGCCAUGAAGGUGUAUGAGAGAGUGUAGCAGUGAUGUAGAGAUGUACUCAAAGCCCUGGUGAUGUUGCAGGAAAAGCCAAGCGAAGGCACCUGAGCUCAGAGGAGUGUCGUGAAAUGAGUAGGAGACCAGAGGGCAGCCGACCCCUCACACAGCCCCACUCCGUCACUCGCAGGCACAGCAACUCAGACCCCAACCGGGGGUUGUACCCCAGAACACCCACAAAGAGAAAGAGAGGUACUGUACAUUUGUGUGUCUUUUAGUUUUUAAACUCUUGAGACCUGAAGUGAUGUAACAUUUUGUACACAUAUCAUUUACCUUGUCAUCCCCUCCCAUUGCUCCCUCUUCUCUCUUGCCUGGAUCUCAGAUGCGAGUAAUGACAAGCAGCAGCAGGGGAUCACUCAGUUUUUCCCUGUGAUCAGUGUGGUCAGGGUGUUAAGUCCUCAGAAAGCAGCCCUGUCCCAGGGCUCAAGUUCCAUAAAGACAGAGGGAUUCAACGGAGAGCUCAUCCCCAAAAAGGAGCCUGUUGAGGAGGAGGAGGCACUAGCCACCCCCAUGAAGGAGGAACCUGAGGAUGAGAAGGUGGACUAUCUGGAGGGGCUGACAACGGACAUGUUUGGGGACGACAAAGAGUUUGAGCGCUGUUGGUUAGAUCCAGCCCCAGCCUUUAUGAACCACCAUGAUGAGGAGGUGGAGGCCCUGCCUGACGCCCAUUACGGCCUCUUGGGAAGCAGCAGGAGCCUGGCCCAUCCCCAGGGCCACGUGGACGACCUCCCAGAGGAGGUGCUGAUGCUGGUGUUGAGCCUCCUGCCUGCUGAGGACCUCUACUGUCAUGUCAGCCUGGUCUGCCAACGCUGGAGGAACAUUGUCACCCAGUCACUGGUGAGAACCUGGGACAGGGGGAGGAAGUUAGGGUUCAAGUUAUGAAGAUUAGCUAGUGUGAAAAUGUUAAUAUAUGUGCUGUGUAGAUUUUUUUGGGGUUAAGUUGUGUCUUUGGGCCCUAUGUGUAGUUUGUGCCCUGGAAGAAGCUGUAUUACCGCUACACAAAGAAGGAGAGCGAGGCGGUGAAGGAGAUCGACGCCAUCCUGGAAACCCAUAGAAUCAAAAAGAACGACCAGGAGAGCAUCCUCCAUAUAGUCGAGUAAGGACUCUUUACUGUAAACUGUUCCUUUGGGCCAUUUCUGAUCAUUUCUGAUCUAUUCUGUGUUUUUUUUUUUUCAGGUUCAUGGCCCAGUAUAAGCCCAGUCAGAGGGUGAAACCUGAGGCAGUGUUACAGCGUGUGAGGACACAUUGUCUGUUCCCUCAGGCUGAGGCCUGCAUUAAACACAGACUCCCAAAACUGGAGGGUAUCGAGGGGGUACGUAGCCACACACACACACACACACACACACGUGUGUAUAUACAGUGGGGGGAAAAAAGUAUUUAGUCAGCCACCAAUUGUGCAAGUUCUCCCACUUAAAAAGAUGAGAGAGGCCUGUAAUUACUAUGACAGACAAAAUGAGGAUUUUAUUUCUCCAGAAAAUCACAUUGUAGGAUUUUUAAUUAAUUUAUUUGCAAAUUAUGGUGGAAAAUAAGUAUUUGGUCAAUAACAAAAGUUUCUCAAUACUUUGUUAUAUACCCUUUGUUGGCAAUGACACAGGUCAAACGUUUUCUGUAAGUCUUCACAAGGUUUUCACACACUGUUGCUGGUAUUUUGGCCCAUUCCUCCAUGCAGAUCUCCUCUAGAGCAGUGAUGUUUUGGGGCUGUCGCUGGGCAACACAGACUUUCAACUCCCUCCAAAGAUUUUCUAUGGGUUGAGAUCUGGAGACUGGCUAGGCCACUCCAGGACCUUGACAUGCUUCUUACGAAGCCACUCCUUCGUUGCCCGGGUGGUGUGUUUGGGAUCAUUGUCAUGCUGAAAGACCCAGCCACGUUUCAUCUUCAAUGCCCUUGCUGAUGGAAGGAGGUUUUCACUCAAAAUCUCACGAUACAUGGCCCCAUUCAUUCUUUCCUUUACACGGAUCAGUCGUCCUGGUCCCUUUGCAGAAAAACAGCCCCAAAGCAUGAUGUUUCCACCCCCAUGCUUCACAGUAGGUAUGGUGUUCUUUGGAUGCAACUCAGCAUUCUUUGUCCUCCAAACACGACGAGUUGAGUUUUUACCAAAAAGUUAUAUUUUGGUUUCAUCUGACCAUAUGACAUUCUCCCAAUCCUCUUCUGGAUUAUCCAAAUGCACUCUAGCAAACUUCAGACGGGCCUGGACAUGUACUGGCUUAAGCAGGGGGACACGUCUUGCACUGCAGGAUUUGAGUCCCUGGCGGCGUAGUGUGUUACUGAUGGUAGGCUUUGUUACUUUGGUCCCAGCUCUCUGCAGGUCAUUCACUACGUCCUCCCGUGUGGUUCUGGGAUUUUUGCUCACCGUUCUUGUGAUCAUUUUGACCCCACGGGGUGAGAUCUUGCGUGGAGCCCCAGAUCGAGGGAGAUUAUCAGUGGUCUUGUAUGUCUUCCAUUUCCUAAUAAUUGCUCCCACAGUUGAUUUCUUCGAACCAAGCUGCUUACCUAUUGCAGAUUCAGUCUUCCCAGCCUGGUGCAGGUCUACAAUUUUGUUUCUGGUGUCCUUUGACAGCUCUUUGGUCUUGGCCAUAGUGGAGUUUGGAGUGUGACUGUUUGAGGUUGUGGACAGGUGUCUUUUAUACUGAUAACAAGUUCAAACAGGUGCCAUUAAUACAGGUAACGAGUGGAGGACAGAGGAGCCUCUUAAAGAAGAAGUUACAGGUCUGUGAGAGCCAGAAAUCUUGCUUGUUUGUAGGUGACCAAAUACUUAUUUUUCACCAUAAUUUGCAAAUAAAUUCAUUAAAAAUCCUACAAUGUGAUUUUCUGAAUUUUUUUUCUAAUUUUGUCUGUCAUAGUUGACGUGUACCUAUGAUGAAAAUUACAGGCCUCUCAUCUUUUUAAGUGGGAGAACUUGCACAAUUGGUGGCUGACUAAAUACUUUUUUCCCCCACUGUAUACACGGUUGGAACUACUACUAUACUUCUGAGCUGAUCUGAUUGGACUGUGUGUGUGUUUGUCAGGGCCCUAACCCGUGGGCAGCCAUGGCCCUGAUGCUGGUGCUGUGUGACGGGGUGGGAGAUGUUCUGGACCUGGUGGUCUGUCUCAGAGGCUGCCUGCCUUCAGCCAGUGCCAUCACAGAGUACCUCAGCGCCAUGGCAACCAUGCUGCUCGCCAUGAGGAGGAAGGACAUCAACAUCAGCAACAGGUCAAGAUAUAAGUUAUAUACAGAUGGAAAGAUACAGACAUGUACAAACAGAUGGAUAGACAGGCGGACAUUGACUGUCUCUCUCUGCACCUCUCUUCUCCUUCCUCCACUCCAGGUGGCACUACAAUAUCUUCUACGUCCUUCACCUGAUGGAGAACGCCCUGCCCACAGCAAUAACCAAUCAGAGUGGGUGAGGACUGAUAUCUUUCUGGAAGGAAGUAUUUUUAAUGAAUCAGUCAUAACCUGAGUCUCAUGCCUAGUCCUCUCUCUCCCAGGAGAGCCCAGGUUCAGGUGACCCACGAACAGCAGCAGAUCCUCAACCACGACAUCCAUAGAGACCACGUGGUCAAGAUCAUGGCCUUCGCAGGUACCACCAGACCACCAGACCGCUACUACCAACAUCAUGUCACACCUGUGUUUUAAAAAUAUUUUUUAACAGAAAACAAGUUAGAUAUAGAGUUGGUACUUUUGCUAGCAUUCUCUGAAUUAUCGCUAGAGGGCACCCUCUCCCUGUCAGUUCAGCUCAGUCUGUGAUUCAUCAGUUCAGGAUGAGAAUGAGAGUACUCUUUCUAUAUCGUGACAAUUGCAGAGUAUUUCAAGUGGAUACACACACAUGGUCCACCCCACAUUGUGAGCUGUUGAUUGUGCCUUAUGUGUGAAUGUUCCUGCUAGAAUGUAGUGUAGGGGUUAAAGGUUGUUGCUGUGUUUCAGGCACAGGGAAGACCACCACCCUGGUUCGGUACGCCCAGCAGAGGCCACACCUCCACUUCCUCUAUAUGGCCUUCAACAAGUCGGUGGCCACCCAGGCCCAGAGCUGUUUCCCCAGCAACGUGGACUGCAGGACGGUCCACUCCAUGGCCUUCGGAGCCGUCGGCAAGAGGUCUACUUUUCUGUCUGUCGGUCUAGACCAGUUUCUGUCCGUAUGUCUGGCUGUCGUCAAGUCUUUCAGUAAAGCUAUUCAAUCAGUUGUUCAAUCAGUCAUCCAGUUGGUCAGUAGUUCAUAUCCCUUUCCCCCCUCUCCCAGGUACCAGGAGUUGAAGAAGUUGUCUGGUAACGUGAAGCCCUUCUCUGUGGCCUGGGUGCUGCCUAAGGGCAGCGGGGGCUUCGUCAACGCCAAGGUGGUCACCCUGACCCUCAAUGCCUACAUGGCGUCGGCCGACACACACAUCACCCCCAACCACGUCCCAAACAUGUACAAAAACACACAUGGCACAUUGACCGUGCCUGACCGCAAUGCAAAAAGGGUAAGUGUUAUACCCAAAUCCACAAACACCUCUCCUCCCAAAGAAACAUCCCCCACACACAUAUAGUCACACUCCAGAAAACACACAAACAGGUCACACACACAGGUCAUCUCCACAAUUGAACAAACUUUUUAUUUUGCAGAUGUUUGCGAGGGAUGCUCAGAGGAUCUGGGACAAAAUGGUUGCCUUAGAAGAAACCAGGGAGUCUGCAUACCACAUGACCCAUGAUGGUAAGCCCAAAAACGGUUAGCUUUUUUCCAAAUCCUAACUUGAGAUGCACAGGUGUAACUUAAGCCUACUUAGUAAUCCAUUGGAGAUGUGUUUGAACUUUUGAAUAUGUCAGUGUUUUAGGAUUGGGUCCUUACUGAAUGUCUUCCAGGGUAUCUGAAGCUGUGGCAGCUGCAGAGGCCGACUCUGGACAAGUAUGAUGUAAUCUUUAUAGACGAGGCACAGGACUGCACUCCAGGUACACAACUUAACUACACCACUGCACUGUACCACACCUGGACCAAACCUGGGUCUACAUUACACCUGCACCAGGCACCACUCACCUGAUAGCAGGUCCAUGAUAAGUGUGUGUGUGUAUGUGUCUUAGCCAUCAUGGACAUCAUGCUGCCUCAGCACUGUGGGAAGAUCCUGGUGGGAGACCCUCACCAGCAGAUCUACACCUUCAGAGGAGCAGUCAAUGCUCUGAACCUGGUGGAACACACACACCUCUACUACCUCACCCAGGUACACACACACACUUCUCCCUCGCUCAGGUAUAUACUCUCUAAACAAAAGCUCAGUUUUUUUUAUUGAAUAUGUAUUUUUUUCUCUUCUCAGAGCUUUAGGUUUGGUUCUGAGAUUGCCUACAUUGGAGCCACGAUUCUCCAAGUGUGUAAGAAAGUGAAGAAGAUUCUGGUAGGAGGAAAACAGGAAGGUGAGUGAAAAAACACUAAUGACAGUUUUCCUGUGUUUUGUAUCACAUUGUACAACAGCAGAUGUAACGAACACUGUAAAAAAAAAUGUAUCAGUGUUAUUUCCUGGCCCACUAUGGUCAUGUAGGUCGUGUUGGGGAACGGAUUUCAAAAUCCCUCAAUCUGCUGUUGGCACCCAUUCAAAUUAUCCCCAAGGUUGCCUUGUCCAAUCUUGUUCAUUCUCUUAAAUUAAAUACCAUGUCUGUUUUCUCAUUAGCUGGGAAAGUUGUUUGAAAUGUCCAAUGCAACAUACUUUGGUGAUAGUUAUCAACCUACUGCAUACCCCUUAAAAAUACAACAAAUAGUGUGCAGGUGUGCUAUUAGCAUGCUAACAAUCAUUAGAAAAGACUGGUAGAAUAGCUAGCCAUCGCUAGCAUUCACUGGUUGAAGUUGAAGUAACUUGAGUGUAAUGGAGUUGACUGGUGACGAUGACAUGAAUAUACACUUAGUAGCAUCUAGUACCGGCUCGGACCUCCCUUUGCCUCCAGAACAGCCUGAAUUCUUUGGGGCAUGGAAACGUUGCUCAAUUGGGAUAAAGGGACCUAACGUGUGCCAGGAAAACAUUCCCCACACCAUUACACCACCGCCACCAGCCUGUACUGUUGACACCGGGCAGGAUGGGGCCAUGGACUCAUGCUGCUUACUCCAAAUCCUGACUCUGCCAUCAGCAUGACACAACAGGAACCGGGAUUCGUCGGACCAUGCAAUGUUUUUCCACUCCUCAAUUGUCGAGUGUUGGUGAUUGCGUGUCCACUAGAGCCGCUUCUGGUUUCUGAGAUACUGGAACCGGCACGCCUGGCACCGACUAUCGUACCACGCUCAGUCGCUUAGGUCACUCGUUUUGCCCAUUCUAUCGUUCAAAAGAACAGUAACCUGAAUGCCUCGAUGCCCGUCUGCCUGCUUUAUAUAGCAAUCCACGGCCACGCGACUCACUGUCUGUAGGAGCGAACCAUUUUUGUGAACGGGGGUGGUGUACUUAAUAAACUGUGUAUAUAAUUCACAACAUUUGGACGGGAGCUAUAAAGAAAAUGUAAAUUAUGUGUGUCGUUAUUGCUUGACUUCAGGCUUGGCUGCACUGCUUUCAAUGGGGAAAGAUUGCUUCCAUACCCUGCUCCUGUGAUUUUCGUUGAAAACGUCACUUUCCCGUGUGGGCCUAUUGGUGGAGUUUUGGCUUGCCUGGUGACAUCACCAGGCGGUAUAAGUUAAUAGACCAAUAACAAAUAGAUUUCCAAACCUCUCUGCCAAUAGCUAGUUUUCAGAUUACAUAUCCCUCCUAUUAGGCCUCACCGCUCCGGCGAUUGAUCCACACUGUGGUUAAUGCACCGUUUUGGUGCCCUUCCCCGCCCCCACUCAGACAGCAACAUUCUUGCUUGAGAAAUAGCUUUUUGCUAAAAGGGUAUUUGUUUCUUUGUGACCCUUUUUUAUGUAAAACUAUUACACUAAAGGACUUAAUUGUAACUCAAAUGAUUUGAUAUUAAAAUAAGAAUGGCUGCAUUGGACAUUUUUAAAGGUUGACUCAGCGAAAUGACGUUGCAUUGAGCGAGAUGCAAGACUUCACUCUCACACGGUCACACACAGUAUCUUCGCAUGUGCAUGGGUUCGCUUCACGCUGUUAGAGCGUGGUGGGAAUGGAACCAAAACGGAGAAGUUUAGCCUCACGCUUUAACGCUCUUAGUUGUUGCUGAAAUUGACCCACUAUGCUGUUGACUUUGUGCACCUACUUCAUAUUGCUAGGUCUAAGGUUGAUUUUCUGAACUGUGUAAUCAUGCCAGUAAAAUAUCCAUGGUGUUCCAUGACUACUGUGCUCUUAUUGUUUCUUUGGUUCUGAUUGGAUCAGUUUGUUUUAAAGGUAAGAUUGUAGAAUUAGGUUGCUGUUAAACAUUCUGAUUUGUUUCAUCCUUCUAACUAAAAGUCCCAAUACGACAUAUCACUUUACAUUUGUAUUUUGGGAGAAUUUAAUAUUUUAUUUGACCAAAGAUAUGUCGGAAAAGUGACAAAGAGGAACAAUACACGAGCAGGAGUGAAGCCACUGUCCGUUUCUUUAAAACAUGCAGUAUUCUGUUGAUGGAGUUGUUGUAGCUUGCUUGCUAGGUAGCUAGCUUAUUCCCUCACCAAACACCGUGCUAGAGUGGGCCAGUUCGUUUUGCACGGCCCGGUGCACUUAGCAGGCUAGCUUUUUUUUUAAUCACUCUUCCACUGUUUGUAGCCAUCGCAAUCGUUUAGGGGAAAAUUGAGCCCCGCAUAUGACUGAAGCGCCAGGGGUUUCCCUGGCCCAGUCUGCCCGCCGUAUCCUCAUGAAGCGGUUUCUUCCCAACUUCUCGCAUUUCGACCAAACAUGCAUGCCGGUAAACAGCAGUUGUAGUUCACUGCCGCCACCACCAGGCUGUUCUCUUCUUGACAUCAAAGAUGCAAUAUAUUGUUGGUAUGCGUUUUUGAUCAAUGUAAUUCAAAUGGAGAAAAUAGAACUUUGUGUAAUUUAAAAAAAAAAAAAGUUUUUGCAUAAAGACCGUUUUAGAUGGAAUAUCAUCAAUCUACGUUGUUAGAUUUGUGGAAAUAUAUAGUGCAACCUGCCCUUUUAAUGUGUGUGUCCGUCCACAGGCUGUGUGCAGGGUAAGGCUGUGGACUCACUGCGUCCCCUGACUACAGGGUUGAGUCCUGGCCGGGGCAAGUUAGCAGUGCUGUCUCGCUCUAACGUCUCUGUGUUCGACCAAGCUGUUAGACUCACCGACGACAACCCCCGCUGUAGGCUGCACAUCGUAGGGGUGAGUGUCCAUACACACCCACACACGCACAAUGUGUUUGGGUCUUGUGUAACACAUGGUAAGACAUAUAUUUUCCACUCCAGGGGUUGGAGAAUUUUGGGCUGAACAGAAUCAUGGACAUUUGGGUUCUGAUGCAGCCAGAAAACAACCGCUCUCGAGGUGAGUGGCCCCUUGCCUCAGUUCCGCAAUUCUAAUACAAGUGAAUUAGUAUGUUGUACCUGUGUGAUAUAUCUGUUUUUGGUAAGACAGUAUUCUGCCUUGGUUCUCAAUGCUCAUUGUUUUAUUGGUAGAUUAUUGUGUGUCAGUCAAUAGCUCUACUCUACAGUGUGAGUAGUGUUAGUUUUUACUCUUAACGGACAAUUAGUCAAAGCUCAAACCAAUUUUAUUCACCCACUGGGUCAAACAGCUGCAUAAGACAAAGACAUGUUUCCACCAGCACAAGUAUUUAUACCCCCCUUUAGGCAGUGUCCUCCUUUUCUCUAACACUACAUCUCUGUUGCUAGGCAGGAAGUUAAAUGAUGUGGGUAAUAAACUGUUCCUUCUCCCUUCAUGUGAGCUGACCUGACCUCGGCCCACAUUCCUCACGAAUGCACAGCUAUCCACCUUCAUCAGUGACCGCAACCAUGUGAUUGACCUUUCCCUUACUUAGUAACUCUCCAGGGCCUUGGCUCUUAUCCAACCUCCAUCGACCACCAUGUGGUCCUCUGUAGCUCAGCUGGUAGAGCACGGCGCUUGUAACGCCAAGGUAGUGGGUUCGAUCCCCGGGACCACCCAUACAAAAAAAAAAAAUGCACGCAUGACUGUAAGUCGCUUUGGAUAAAGCGUCUGCUAAAUGGCAUAUUAUUUUAUAUUAUUAUAUUAUAUACAUUCCUCAUACGUGUAACCAUUAACUUCUAGUAUAGCAAGUAUUUCAAACUAGAACCCAACAGUAGCUAGCUCUGUCCCUUUUUAAACCUGCUCCCUUCUUCUUCUUCUCCCUGUUCUCUAGGCAUCAAGGACAGCUUCAUCCGUAGGUUCACCAAGCAGAGUCUGGGGGGCUACUGUGGGCUGAAGAGUUAUGCUAAAAACACAGAGGACCGUGAGUUGGAGGGCAAACUCUCCAUGGUGGAGAAAUACAACAGCCGCAUCCCUGAGCUGGUGGAGCGCCUCUACGGAUGCGCAGAGAGAGAGGCCCAACACGCAGGUACACACACACACACACUGUACUGACAAACUUCCACACAUUUUACAUUACAUUUUAGUCAUUUAGCAGACGCUCUUAUCCAGAGCGACUUACAGGAGCAAUUAGGGUUAAGUGCCUUGCUCAAGGGUACAUCGACAGAUUUUUCACCUAGUCGGCUCGGAGAUUAGAACCAGCGACCUUUCGGUUACUGGCACAACGCUCUUAACCGCUAAGCUACCUGCCGCCCCGACACACACAGGUACACACAGGUACAUACUGUACACGCGCAAACACAUAGACAUACACACAAGUACAGUACAUGCCACACACACGCACACACAACUGUACAGACACACAGCGUUAUGAAUUGCUGUAUUUGUAUUUUGAGAGUGAUCUUUCAAAUGUUUCUCAACCCUCCCCUGCUCUCUCUUAGAUUUUAUCCUGGGGACAGUCCAUAAAUCGAAGGGUCUGGAGUUUGAGACGGUGGUGAUCACUGAUGACUUCGCUAAGGUCCCCUGUGCCGCCCACAACUUACCCAGACUCUCCAGCUGCUCAGGAGGUGUGUGUGUGUGUGUGUGUGUGUGUUAUGGCUGCACCACAAUUCUUUUGAACUAGACUACUAAAGACACACUAAGCAUUCCAUGGAAGAUGAUCCAAGCAAUCAUUAGGCAUUUGGAAAACCUAUCCAUAUACCAACUCUGAUCUAAGGCCAAUGACUGUUGGCUGUUUUCUCCCUCCUCCUCUCCCCUCCUCUAGGUGACAUCCUAGAGGAUGAGUGGAACCUGCUGUAUGUGGCGGUGACGCGGGCCAAGAGUUCUCUGGUCAUCACCAAGAACAUCAUCAACAUCCUCACACUGGCUGGGGUGAGAGCAUUGACCAGUGGAGGCUGCUGAGGGGAGGACGUCUCAUAAUAAUGGCUGGAAUGGAGUGAAAUCAAACACAUGAAAACCAUGUUUGAUUCCAUUCCAUUCCGGCCGUUAUUAUGAGUCGUCCGCCCCUCAGCAGCCUCCACUGGCACUGACCCCCUCUACUACACUCCUUCCCUCUUCACUUGUCUCCCUCUACCCCUCCAUAAUCCUCUCCAUCACUCUCUAAAACACUCCUUCGCUCUACUUAACUCUCUCCUAUUCCCAGUCGUUCUUUUUGUGUGUACUGUUCUCAAACACCAUCUCAGAUCUCAGAGAAAUGUACUAGCUGUUCAUUGAAGCAAGAUGUUGUGGUUAUGUAAUUCUGAGAAAGCCUUAUUCUUCUGUGGGUGACAUUUUAUGUGACGCAAAUGAGCACGUCACUGUGCAAGUGAAUGUGUUCCAAUUGAAUUUGUGUUCUGUGAAAGCCUCCUCCCAUAGCCUGGUGGUCCAGUCUGUGUUAUUAGCCAGCCCUCUGUGUGUAUGGCUUGACAGUGAUAGGACAGUAGGAAACACUACAGCACGUACAGUAUGGGACCAAGGCUUCUCUGCUUCUCAGAGCAGGAGUGCUGAUCUAGGACCAGGUCCCCCUGUCCAUAUAAUUAUUUUCCUUGUGAUCUAAAAGGCAAAACUGAUCCUAGAUCAGCACUCCUACUCUGAGACUCUUUGUGAAUACAGGACCAGGCUAACUUCUCCCAUGGUUAACCCUUUAACUUCCUGUUGUUCCCCAGGAGUACUUCCUGAGGACAGAGUUGACCAGCGCCCUGCUGACCGAGGGCCAGCCCCCCCGCUGCUCCGUGCGGGAGUGUCAUAACCACAUCAUGCCCGACUGGCCCCUCGCCAUGCGCAAGCUGCCACUCAAAUACGUAAGGCCCCGCAUCCUCCUCCCCGCCACCAUACCAAAUUCUGAUUUGCGAUGUCUCUCAACCAGACCUGAUCACUUCAGACAGGUGUGGGUGCAGGAGGUUUAGAAAAUUGGCCCACAUUCCGCUAACAAGUCAGACCUGUUAACCAACUGGAAUAGUUAGUCAGUUGUCAAAGGGCACCUACGGGGAAAUAAUGUUAUCACUGUUACAUUUAGUGUGCCUGAGCUGUGAUGAGGCGGUGAAUGUUAAGUCAUAAAAGGGAUUUAGGACAUACAGUUGAUGGUAGUUGAGAUGCUGAACUCCUGUUCAUUCACAAAGCUUAUUCUUGAGUGAAGUGUGUGUAUGACUGACUCUCUGUCUCGGUGUGUUGUAGAUGGAUAGUGCAGACGAUGGAGGUCCUAUGUGUGGGGCGUGUGUGUUGCAGCGUGUCGGCCCCACGGCCAGUCUCCUAGCCUCCCCGGAGCUGCUCAAGGUCCUGCCAGUGACAGAGGAGCGCCUGAACCUACCCGUCAACUACGCCUUGCUGAUGGCACUCUUCUGAGGGGACAUGCUCACGUACACACGCAAACUCAACAUGCUGCUUGAACUGUUCUGAGAACACAAACACACACACACACACACACACACACUCACUCAACAUGAGACAUGAACCUCUCCACUGAUGUUGUCAUGGAAAAAAU